GAAAUACCGCUGAGAGAGAGAGAGAGCAGGUCGAUCGGAACCAGUACGUUACUCGGGAUGUUUUCACACUAGAAUAGAGCCUUUCAAAUCCAAAUUAACGCUCUAUUAUCUAGUUGCGCCACCAGUUGAGUUAGUGCACUUGUUCUCCCAUCCGGUGCCGGUUCCGGUUAAUAGGCGCAACAGAAAAAGAGGGACAGAAUGUCCCUGUUCCAGUCAGCGCUCGAUUUCCUGGCCGGGCCCGGCGGAUCCGGUGCCGCCGCCAGCCGGGAUCAGAACGACUUCGUCGGGCAGGUGGUGGAGCUCGGCGAUCUGAAGCUCCGGAUCAAACGAAUCAUCGCGGAAGGUGGCUUUGCGUUUGUGUAUGAAGCCCAGGAUUUGGGCAGCAGUAAGGACUAUGCGCUCAAGAGACUUCUCUCCAAUGAAGAGGAGAAGAAUAAAGCCAUCAUUCAGGAAGUCUGCUUCAUGAAAAAGCUGUCUGGUCACCCCAAUAUUGUUCAGUUCUGCUCCGCUGCAUCCAUCAGUAAAGAAGAGUCGGACACGGGCCAGGCUGAGUUCCUCAUCCUCACAGAGCUGUGUAGAGGCCAGCUGGUUGAUUUUGUGAAGAAGGUGGAGCAGAGAGGACCCAUGUCAUGUGACACAGUGCUGAAGAUCUUUUACCAGUCAUGUCGUGCUGUGCAGCACAUGCACAAACAGUCUCCACCAGUCAUACACCGCGACCUGAAGAUUGAGAAUUUGUUGAUCAGUCAUCAGGGCACUAUAAAGCUGUGUGACUUUGGCAGCGCCACCAUCUUGGCACAUUACCCAGACUACAGCUGGUCUGCUCACAAGAGAUCUAUGGUGGAAGACGAGAUCACUAGAAACACGACUCCAGCAUACAGGACACCAGAGAUGAUUGACCUCUAUUCCAACUACCCAAUAAACGAGAAACAAGACAUAUGGGCUCUGGGCUGCAUCCUGUACCUGCUCUGUUUUAAGCAGCACCCAUUUGAAGAGGGAGCCAAACUCCAGAUAGUAAACGGCAAAUACAACAUUCCUCAGAAUGACACCAAGUACACAGUCUUUCACCAACUCAUCCGAUCAAUGUUGAAAAUCAACCCAGAUGAGCGACUGUCUAUCAGCGAGCUUGUUAGCCAACUGCAGGAGAUCGCUGCAGCCAGAAACGUCAACCCAAAAUCACCCAUUACUGAGCUCCUGGAGCAGAACGGAGGGUUCGGGAACAGCACACAGCUUCCCUCGCAGAUCAACAACUUACACAAUGCUGGUGUGUAUGACACAGACCCGGCCAUGGGUGGAGGCUUCCUGGAUAUUCUGAAAGGAGGAACCGAAAGAUUCCUGACCAACAUCAAAGACACUUCCUCCAAAGUCAUCCAGUCGGUGGCCAGUUAUGCUAAGGGAGACCUGGACCUGUCCUACAUCACCUCCAGACUAGCAGUCAUGUCUUUCCCAGCUGAAGGUGUUGAAUCUGCAAUUAAGAAUAACAUUGAGGACGUGCGUCUGUUCCUGGAUUCUCGACACGCGGGUCAUUAUGCAGUAUACAACCUCUCCAAACGCUCCUACAGACCGGCCAGGUUUCACAACAGGGUGAGAGUGGACAGCAAAGCUUAUUUUAACUUCCCAAUUCAUUUAAUUCAGCAUAUUCAGAAGAAAAAUUAUGUUUGGGUAUCCUAGUGUGUCCUGUCAUCUUCAUAUUGUGGCUGUGUGUUUUUGCAGGAUGGACGGGCAGCGUCGGCUGUGGUGGUUUGUGCAUUCCUCUGUUUCUGUCGUCUGUUCUCUACGGCCGAGGCUGCAGUUUACAUGUUCAGCAUGAAGCGAUGCCCACCGGGCAUCUCGCCCUCACACAAACGGUAUAUUGAAUACAUGUGUGAUAUGCUGGCAGAAGAGCCCAUAAUCCCCCACAGCAAGCCUAUUACCAUCCGCUCCGUCGCCAUGACUCCCGUACCACUCUUUAAUAAGCAGCGAAACGGCUGUCGGCCGUUCUGUGAGGUUUACGUCGGUGACGAGCGAGUCGCAACCACUUCACAGGAAUAUGACAGAAUGAAGGAUUUUAAGAUGGAGGACGGGCGAGCAGAGAUUCCUCUGAAUAUAACUGUGCAGGGAGACGUGCUGAUAGUGAUUUAUCACUCACGCUCAACGCUGGGCGGACGCCUGCAGGCCAAAAUGGCUUCCAUGAAGGUGUUUCAGAUUCAAUUCCAUACUGGGUUUGUGCCCAGAAACGCCUCCACUGUCAAAUUUGCAAAGUAUGAUCUCGAUGCUUGCGACAUCCAAGAGAAAUACCCCGACCUCUUCCAGGUACAUGUAAAUGUGGAGGUGGAGCCUCCGGAUCGCCCUAGCAACAAGGCUCCGCCUUGGGAAAAUUUUGCCACGAAAGGACUCAAUCCCAAGAUCCUUUUCUCCAGCCGAGAUGAACAGCAAGAGAUCCUGACAAAAUUUGGUAAACCAGAGCUUCCACGUCAGCCUGGUUCAACAGCCUGUUACACCUCUGAACCGACCCAGCCGGAGCGUUCGCCUGAAGGGCCACAGACCGAGCAGGAUUCCCCUUCUCCUCAAAGCACAGACACCAAUGCCAACAACUUCUUCCAGAUGCUUGACUGGGAAGAUGGCAGUCGGCAGUUCGAACAUUCUGACAGCCAAUUGGAGGACCAGGAUGAUUUGAGUGGCGGAUCGGAGGAGGAGUCAGUGUCUUACUCCGCCCCCGUUGAUGGGACUCUGUCACGUGACAUCAGCGAACCGCUCUUCGAGGCAGACUUCACAACCACUCCACCUGACCCUCAGCCCGACACAGAGGACCUACUCGGCCUGAACUCUGACCCCUGUCCCCCAGCCACCGCCACUCAGCCGGGUCUUGCUAAUGAGACGGGGUUGAAAAGUUCUGCCAGUAACAGCGAUUUACUGAAUGACCUGUUCGCCCCUGCACCCAAUGCUGUGCCUUCAGCUAAUGCAGAAGACCUGAUGGGAGAAGGUACAGGAGAAGAUCUGUUCUUCUCCAGCACGUCCAGCCAACCGGCACCAGCCACUAAUAAAGACUUCUUUGACCCCUUCGGUGUGGGGUCGGCCUCUGCAGGGUCCGAUCUGUUUGGUGACCUCCUGGGGUCAGACAGUGCUAGUAGUGGGUUCAAAGCUCCGCCUCCUGCAUCCAACUCCAGCCUCUUUAACCUUACAAACUUCGGGGUGUCUGAAAAUGUUUUGCCAGAUAAGUUAUCAAGCGAGACUCCGAAGAUGACAUCAUCAGCGAGUCAGCCUGAUCUGUUAGGUGGCUGGGAAAACUGGACCACAGGAGGAACCAGCACGACUAGUAACAUGACCACUGCUGCCAGCAAACCUACUAUGAGUGCCUCAGGAGUCUCAUCUUUCUCCAAGGCCAAAUCUCAAAGCUUUGACCCCUUCGCAGACCUGGGUAACCUGGGCUCAACACUGCCUGGCUCGGCCAGUACUGGUUUCUCUGGCUCAGGUUUAAAAAUGGCGCCCUCUGCAGGAGGCCCUAAGAACUCAGGUCAGCAGUGGCAGCAGGCUCCUCGGCCCUCCUCUGGCCCCAGCAAACCCUGGAUGCCUCCAAGCUCGGCACCCAGAACGCAAACCCAGCGCUCCAAACCCACCACCCAACCGGCUAAACCAAACUACAAGCCCAGCUUCAGUGUGAUCAGUGGACGAGAAGAGAGGGGGAUCCGUGGGCCAGGCUUUGGUCCAAAGCCCAAAGUGAAAGAAGAUGACUUUGAGGAUCUUCUAUCCACACAAGGUUUUGGCUCCAAAACUGACAAGAAGAUGCCCAGAACUAUUGCUGAGAUGAGGAAGCAGGAGCUGUCUAGAGACAUGGACCCUCUCAAACUUCAGAUCUUAGAUUGGAUCGAGGGGAAGGAGAGGAACAUCAGAGCGCUGCUCUCCACGCUGCACACGGUCCUGUGGGAGGGAGAGACCCGCUGGAGACCCGUCACCAUGGCAGAUCUGGUCACACCUGACCAGGUGAAGAAGGUCUACAGGAAGGCUGUGCUUGUUGUGCACCCAGACAAGGCUACAGGUCAACCAUACGAGCAGUACGCUAAAAUGAUCUUCAUGGAGCUGAGCGAUGCCUGGUCUGAGUUUGAGAACCAAGGAGCCAAAGCCCUGUUCUGAGCGUGCUCAGUGAGCGUCUGCCAGGAGCGGCGGGCCCCCUACAGGCAGCCUGAGGCACAGCGCUCUCUCCAUACACACAGCUCUGAGAGAGAGAUCAGUCAAGAGGAAGAAAACAGACCUCUUUCUGCUUGAGGACCUGAACUGUGAUGUGCUCUUCUGAAGAGUGAAACCUGUGGCGCUGGAUUUCUCCUCCUUCAAAAGGGGAACGUGCCAGCAUCCUUUUGCCAUUUGUAGAUGAUUAAAAACCAUGCGCGCACACACACACAAACACCUGAGACUACAGUCUGUGUCUUGCACUUCAAAAGAACUCCAAAACAGAUGGUUUCUGGGACGAAGACAAAAUGAUUAUCACUGAUUUUUUUUUUCUUGUCAUUCUAUGCAUCACACGUUUUUCACUUUUUGUUUUUCAAUCAGCGUGGCUUGUCAAUUACUGAUGUAAAUAAUGACUCGACGUGUGUGUGGAUCAUGUUCAUAUAAAGCUAAAGCAGAGGUUUUGACUUCUGUGCUCCACGAUGUGAAGGCUUUUCAUCACUUUCACUUCAGUUUUAUCAUGUUUUCACUGAUCGCUAGUGUUAAUUCUUUCUAGGCACCUCGUGGGAAGGUGUAUUUGUGGGUUCAAUUUCUGCAGUCCAAAGUGUAUUUCAGUGGCCGAAAACAAACUUAACAUCAACAAAAAGUGUGAGCUUUCCAUAUAUUUUUUUUAUCUAAAGGACCAAUCAGAAAUGUCUGUAUUAUUUAUUGUUUUGAAAGCUGUACAUGGCUAAUCGAUGGAUAUAAAAAGGACUAAAAUAACAAAUUUAUUGCAAACGGUGGAACAAGCAAGCUAACCCUUUUGCAAAACUAAAAUCAUUCCAAAGCAUCUACUAAUAUGAAUGUGCUUUUUAAGAUUAUUGCUGGAAUGUAAAUCUUUUUUUCUUAUUAUUCUUGUACCAUUAUCAUAUUUUCCACAAUAUUCUAUUUGAUGUUUCCAUAAUCUCUUAAUAAUGACACUAGAAAGUUUGCACCGGUCCCUCAGGACAUCAGGCCGAAUUCAGUGUCCAAUUGAAAAAAAGGAAAAUGUCUGCUACAACUUAAUAGACAAUGAAGUGAGGGUGGAAAUGAAUAUUGUUUUUAUAUAUAGACCUAAAUCAAGGACUGGAUGAAAAUGCUGAUUCGUAAAGAUUUGGCAAGUCGAGUUCUGUAACCUGCUGUAUUUCUGCGAUUAUUCAUAUGAUGCUUAAGGGCGAUACGGUCGGACUAAACAAAACCAAAACCUUCAUGUGUGUUACUGGCUUCUGAGAGUUCAUCCAUUAGUUUAGAGGGAAAAUGUUUGCUGUUAAAGGGACUGAGGGGCUGGUUCAGAUUGUCAUUUCACCGUUUUGAGUGAUUUUUGAAAUGUUUUGGCUUAUUCACCCUCCACCAAAGUCAUAAACGAUCAUAAAUGUUUCAUACUGGACUGUGGCACUGGUGUUCAAAAUUUUUCUUGGUUGUUUAAUUUGUGAAUAAGUUGAAUGGGCUCUGAUUGAAAUUAAUGACUGAAUUUAGUCUAGAAAUAUAUUGCCUUAUUCUGUGAAUAUAUACUUAUCUUCCCCAAGAACUGAACAAUGCUGCUGCAUUUUGGUGGAGCGUGAAUAUCUUUUAAUAAGACACAUUUUCUCUCUUUUAGCCCACUCGGCUUUCCUUUGGAUGUCAAACUAGUGUUUUUCACAAGCUGUCUCCUGCGAUGGAGAACAAAAUCAUAACACCACGGUCUUAAAGAUAUUUUUGUCAUGUUUCUCUCAGAUUUUGACCAAUAAACCCUAAUCAUGGUU